AAUUCUGUGCAGUUGGAUUUGAAAAUAGUUCGUUAGAUUAAGAGCUUAACUAUCCCGGCAAAUGCUUCCUUAAGCCCCUGCAUUAGAAGGUCAUUUAUUUUGCCAGACUGCAGAGCAUCAGCUAGCUAGCUAAUUGUACAGUCGUUGAGCAUCAGGUUCAUUCAGCAAACAAACAUGGAGUGGGCUAAUCAAUUAUGCGAGAACCGACAAUUUGGAUCCAAGAUGACGGACUCCAAGUAUUUCACCACUACAAAGAAAGGAGAGAUCUUUGAGCUGAAAGCCGAGCUGAACAGCGAUAAGAAGGAGAAGAAGAAGGAGGCUGUGAAGAAGGUCAUUGCCUCCAUGACCGUUGGGAAAGAUGUCAGUGCCCUGUUUCCAGAUGUGGUGAACUGCAUGCAGACUGACAACCUGGAGCUGAAGAAGCUAGUCUACCUGUACCUGAUGAAUUAUGCCAAGAGCCAGCCCGACAUGGCCAUCAUGGCUGUCAACACCUUCGUCAAGGACUGUGAGGACCCUAACCCCCUGAUCCGGGCCCUGGCUGUGCGUACUAUGGGCUGCAUCCGCGUGGACAAGAUCACUGAGUACCUGUGUGAGCCUCUGAGGAAAUGUCUGAAGGACGAGGACCCCUACGUGAGGAAGACUGCAGCUGUGUGUGUGGCCAAGCUCCAUGACAUCAACGCCCAGCUGGUGGAGGACCAGGGCUUCCUAGACACCCUCAAGGACCUCAUCUCUGACUCCAACCCUAUGGUGGUUGCAAAUGCUGUGGCAGCCCUGUCUGAGAUUGCAGAGUCCCACCCCAACAGCAACCUGCUGGACCUGAACCCCCAGUCUAUCAACAAGCUGCUGACGGCCCUCAACGAGUGCACCGAGUGGGGUCAGAUCUUCAUUCUGGACUGCCUGGCCAACUACACCCCUCGCGAUGACCGCGAGUCCCAGAGUAUCUGUGAGCGGGUGACCCCCCGUCUGUCCCAUGCCAACUCUGCGGUGGUGCUGUCAGCUGUCAAGGUGCUGAUGAAGUUCAUGGAGAUGCUUCCUAAGGACCUGGACUACUAUGGCACCCUGCUGAAGAAGCUGGCCCCGCCCCUGGUCACCCUGCUGUCUGCAGAGCCCGAGCUGCAGUACGUGGCCCUGAGGAACAUCAACCUCAUCGUACAGAAACGCCCAGAGAUUCUGAAGCAUGAGAUGAAGGUGUUCUUUGUGAAGUACAACGACCCCAUCUACGUCAAGCUGGAGAAACUGGACAUCAUGAUCCGCCUGGCAUCUCAAGCUAACAUCGCCCAGGUGCUGGCAGAGCUGAAGGAGUAUGCCACUGAGGUGGAUGUGGACUUUGUGCGGAAGGCAGUCAGAGCCAUCGGCCGCUGUGCCAUCAAAGUGGAGCAAUCAGCAGAGCGCUGUGUGAGCACCCUGCUGGACCUCAUCCAGACCAAGGUCAACUAUGUGGUGCAGGAGGCCAUCGUGGUCAUCAAGGACAUCUUCCGCAAGUACCCAAACAAGUAUGAGAGUGUGAUCGCCACGCUGUGUGAGAACCUGGACUCCCUGGAUGAGCCGGAGGCGCGGGCAGCCAUGAUUUGGAUCGUAGGAGAGUAUGCUGAGAGGAUCGACAACGCUGACGAACUGCUGGAGAGCUUUCUGGAGGGCUUCCACGACGAGAGCACCCAGGUGCAACUGCAGCUGCUGACAGCCAUAGUGAAGCUGUUCCUGAAGAAACCCACUGAGACUCAGGAGCUGGUGCAGCAGGUGCUGAGCCUGGCCACACAGGACUCUGACAACCCGGACCUGCGAGACCGUGGCUACAUCUACUGGCGUCUGCUCUCCACUGACCCUGUGGCUGCCAAGGAGGUGGUGCUGGCCGAGAAGCCUCUGAUCUCAGAGGAGACAGACUUGAUUGAGCCCACCCUGCUGGAGGAGCUCAUCUGCCACAUCGGCACGCUGGCCUCCGUCUACCACAAGCCUCCCAGCGCCUUCGUGGAGGGCAGCCGCGGUGUGAUGCACAAAAGGCUCCCCGCACGCACUGGAUCAGGAGAGGGUACGGAAUGCCCAGAUGUGGGCAAUGCUGCUGGGGGCUCUGCCCCUGAAGCUGCCCCCUCUAUCAUCCCCUCCCAGGGAGACCUCCUGGGGGACCUUCUCAACCUGGACCUGGCACCCCCCACCACCACUGGUCCCAACCCCUCCACCUCCGGCAUGCAGAUGGGAGGCAUGGAUCUCCUUGGUGGAGGUCUGGACAGCCUGCCACACAUUCCCCUGCGGACGGACCCUCCACAGUCUCCGUCACCUCAGCCCCCGUCGCCAGUGUACACCCACACUGACUACAGUCACACUGACAGCCCCCCUGACCACAGCUCUACUGAGCACAGCCCCCCUGCUGAGCUUGGAGGAGAUAUUGGUGGGAGUCCUGCGAUGGGGGCUGGUUUUGGCGCAGCUCCCGCUGUGAUGCCAGCCUCUCUAAACGCUCCUGUGGGAGGCGGCCUUGGAGACCUCUUUGACCUCGGAGGGGGGGUUGGCAUGCCGAUGGGAGCAUACAUUCCACCCAAGACAGUGUGGCUCCCAGCCAUGAAGGCUAAAGGUCUGGAGAUCUCUGGGACCUUCGCCCGGCGUGCUGGAGUCAUCCAGAUGGAGCUGGUCCUCACCAACAAGGCCAUGAGCGUCAUGACUGACUUCGCCAUCCAAUUCAACAGGAACAGUUUUGGACUGGCCCCUGCCGGCCCACUCCAGGUCCUCACCCCUCUUGGCCCAAACCAGACCAUUGAAGUCAGCCUCCCCCUCAGCACUGUUGGGCCAGUCAUGAAGAUGGACCCUCUCAACAACCUGCAGGUGGCUGUGAAGAACAACAUUGACGUCUUCUACUUCAGCUGCCAAUACCCCAUCAGCAUGCUGUUUGUGGAAGAUGGAAAGAUGGAGCGACAGGUGUUCCUGGCCACAUGGAAAGACAUUCCUAACGACAACGAGUCUCAGUUCCAGAUCCAAGACUGUCAUCUCAACUCAGAGGCAGCCAGCAACAAGCUGCAGGGCAGUAACAUCUUCACCAUAGCCAAGCGCACGGUGGAGGGCCAGGACAUGCUUUACAUGGCCAUCAAACUGUCCAAUGGCAUCUGGGUGCUGGCUGAGCUGAAGGUGCAGGCUGGAAACCCCAACUACACGAUCUCUCUGAAGUGCAGAGCCCCAGAGGUGUCCCAGUGUGUGUUCCAGUGCUACGAGGCAGUGCUGAAGAACUGAACCCCUGACAGGGCUGAAGUAGGGGGGAAUCCUGAGGCAUGGGGACUGGCCCUGACUGGAGGGUGUUCCUGGACACCCCCCCCUGACCUACAGGCUUCUGAAAGGCCCUUUUCUUUGUAGAAUCUCCAACCCUGCUGUUUGUGUGCCCUCCCUGGGGACCCUGAUUUCUGUUUGUUCUCUGUCUGUCACCCAAGCAUUUACCCUCCUCCACUCUACAAGUCCUUAUCUGAUUCAAACUAUGUCCAUUUUUAAAACUGCUGAGGUCUCUGGCCCACAUGAUCCCAAAGCUUUUUCUACAGACCCAUUUUUUUCACUCACGUCAAUAGUUGGGACUGACCUUUGACUUCACCUUCACCUGUGGUUGUAUGUGGGGGGGUGUUUCCCAUUAACCCACCCAGUCUAGUCUGAUUUCUAUGAGACAUCACCACCCAGUCAGAUCUCCCUUAUAUGAUGGCUUAACCCCAGUUCAACCCCUGCUGCUCUGAUCCAGUCCACCCACCUCCCAUGAGCCUCUAGUCUGAGGGACACCUGGGCGAUGUGUUCAGACCGUGCUGUUAGAGGAGGAGGCUGUGAUGCGAUUCUUGCUCGUUGUGACUGUUUCUCCUUAUCUCCCCCCGAUGCCGCCUCUUCUCAUGAUUAUCUCACCUCGCAUCUCUGCAAAUUAGUACCUAUAUUUAGUGUGUGUGUAAUUAGCAGUUCAAUCUCCGCUGUCAGCAUACCUCAGUGCUUCACAUUAAAAUGUGACAGUACAGACUGUUUUUCCACAUCUCUGGGCUGUGAAACACCUGCUGUGUUGCUGUUCUGUCACCUCACAACUGCCUCUCAAUGUCUCCACACACAUGCUCUCAGACUUGUUCCUCCUUUUUUGUUUUAAAGGGAAUUUGAUGUCCCAGCUAGUAAAAGACACUAAAUGGUCCGUGUGAGUUUCGUUUGUUGUUGGCUCAUGUCAUUGGUGUGCCCAUUGUUUGUUUGUUUUUUGUACAGAACCUCUGCUGUUUCUUGCCCCCCCCCCCCCAUGUGUGUGCAUGUAUUUGUGUGUUGGGGUGCAUGUGUGCUAUUUGUUAUUUCCGAGGGUUGGAGUAAUGUAUAAUCACCACUACUAUAUAAAAUACCUGUCUCUCCCAAAUGCCUUGCACCUUUCCUCUCCUCAUUCCAUGAUCUAUUCCUGGCUUUGUUUGUAGUGUGAUUAGAUGUUUAACUCUGGGCAGGCUAGCGAGGGCCACAGAGGUUUGGGGACGUUUGUGCUCUGUCAGUGUUCCAUGGGCUCUGCCACUUUGUUGCCUUCUCCCCUCUUAGCUGGUCAAGUACCUCUGCCACCUGUCAUAAAGUGGCUUCAACCCACCUGUAUGUUCUGUACUUUACCUGUAUAGGAAACUAACUGUAUAGGUAGCACACAUCAUGAAGUCUUUUGUAUGAAGAAAAUCAGAACAACUCAACUUCACCAUUCUUGUUUUUACCUAGUGUCUCUUUGGGGAAAUAAUUGGAUAUUUAAACUGUUGAACUCUCUGGACCAGCUCCAAAGAGGGAACUCACUAUUUUACUGCAUGGAGAUUAGUGGAUUUACAUCUGUCUGUCUGUCUGUGUGUGUGUCUCUCUCUCUGUGUGUGUGUGUGUGUGUGUGUGUGUGUGUGUGUGUGUGAUAAGCUGUAAAAUAGCUGAAGGCGAAAUCAAUGUUUUUUUGACUGACUACAUCAUUUGAAACAACUAUUAAAAAUCAGAUAUAUUCACAAAUGCUUCAA